AUGGAUAAAAGUCAAACACUCACCAUUUUGGCUGUUGUAAAUCCCGAAAUCCGUGAGUUAAGGAUAGCAAAACAAACUACAUCUGUCACAGAAUGUAAAAGAAAGAAGCAUAAGCACAAACGUUUAUUACUUCUGACUAGUGGCAAUGGUACCGAACAUCAUGAACAUAGUAACAGAAAUCUUAAUAAAUUAAUUGAAUGUCAUAAAUCUUUGCUAUUGGCUACACUGUCGUCAUCACAAUUAGUAAUUACAAAUAAACAGGAUAGUGUUAUCUUAUAA